AUGUGGCUUUUCGUGUCCCUUCUUGUGGCUGCUGCGUCAUCAUGCUUCAAUAACCCUAAGCUUAUUCUGAAGGAGAAGGUGCUGUGUGUUUCUUAUGAGGCUCCAGCCAAGAAGCAAUGUUCCCUCCAGGCCAGAGAGAUGUACAAGGCAAAGCUUGAGUUUGAGGCUAAGGAUGGGCAACAGGUGGUCUACCAUAAUCACAACGCCGUUUACGGAGCCAUAGACGCUUGUUUUGUCAACACGGACCACCACUUUACCUUUGCAAAGGGACAAGUUCAGUUUACCAUGGGAAAUGAAACAGUAGCGGUAACAAAUAUAGAGGCUAAUGAGCUCAUCUAUGUUUCCUUGGCACCUGGGUCUGGCCCUGCUCCCUCAAAGGGGGAGACUGUGAUGGCUCAUUACACUGGGAUGUAUCUCAACGGAACAGUCUUUGACACAUCGCGCAAGAGAUCCUUCCCAUUCAUGUUCCACUUAGGCCAGAAUGAAGUCAUCUCUGGCUGGGAUCUCACUUUUGCGUCUAUGCAAGCCAAGGAAAAAGGCAUUAUCGUUGUUCCUUAUCAAUAUGGCUACGGAGAGCAGGGAAUUCCCCCUACGAUUCCCCCCAGAUCUACCCUUGUUUUCGAAGUAGAACUAGUUCAGAUAAAUUAA